AUAAAUAAAUUUAUAUACAUAAAUAUAUAUAGAUUUCCGCUUAAAUGGUGCAUAAGUCAUGGAAUGUGCCAAAAUUGUGCACCCAGGAGUCGAGCUGCCGCCUCUGGGGCUCGGCACGGCUAACCUACACGCUCAGCGCCUUCCUCGCCAAUAUCCUGCAGAUGGGCAUGCGCAAUAUGUUGGGUCUGAUCAUUCUGCGCAUGGUCCGUGCAUACCCCCGGGAGGCACUGCAAUCCAGUGUGAAUAACAUUACGAUAAGUUCCAGCUGCGGCGGCAAUGGCAAUGCAUGGAUGGAGUCCACCUUGGAUGCUGCUCAGUUCGGUGAUCUGCAAUGGAGUCGCACUCAGGCUCUGGCCUUCCCGGGCACCUUCUAUUACGGCUUCGUCUUUGCCCUGCCUUUGGCCGGGCAUCUAACGGAUCGGUUUGGAGGCAAGGUGUUGUUUAUCAACUCAUUAACUCUGCAGGGUGUCGCCUUUAUUUUACUGCCCCUUUUAGCGCACUAUAGUUAUGCGGCAGCAGUCACUAGUUUGGUAUUCGCUGGCAUUUUCGCGGGCUGCGGCACACCGCCCCUUUAUCAGCUAUUCGUGGUUUGGGCACAUCCCACGGAGCGUACAGCAAUGCUCUCAUUUGCUUACAGCGGCUUGAUCAUUGGCUCCAUAUGCAUAUAUCCGCUGACCACUUUUCUCAGCGAGUUUGGCUGGUCCGUGCCCUUCUACGUGAUCGGCUCCGUUUCCUUAGCAUAUGGCAUCACCUGUAACUGGCUGAUUUACAAUAGUGUGGAGCAGCAUCCACGUAUCUCGGACGCUGAGCGUGAGUACUUGCAGCAAUGUGCCCAGCAGCCGCAGAAUUUGAGCUUACCUUGGCGUUCGCUGUUGACCUCCCCGCCCGUCCUUGCAUUCGUUCUAACCCAUGUCUUUCACAACUACACCUUUCUGCUCUUCUCGCUCAUAAUACCACGAUUUAUGAGGGAAGCGAUGCAGCUCAACAUGAAAGAGAUUGGUUUCUUAUCGUCGGCCCCAUUUUUGGGCUCCCUGCUCUCUAAGAUAAUUUGUAUUUUGAGUUGUUCCAUUAUAGAGCGACGUGUGUUUGCCAACCGUAGCUAUCUACGUCGAGUUUUGUACGCCGUCUGCGCCCUUGCAAAUAUGAUUUUGCUAUCGAUCAUAAUUAUAGCAAAAUGUGAGCAAAAGAUAUUUGUGUUGGUCAUGUUUGUGUUAUUGGGCGUUACCACAGAUAUGGGCUUUAGUGGCGGCUAUUGGCCGACUUUAUUGUACUUUGCGCCAUCGUUUGCUGGAAUGAUUUCAGGCCUGGCCAACAGUGUUGGGCACAUAUCGGGCUUUCUGGCCUCACAUGUCAUAGCCACAUUGGUGAAAACUGGCCUUAAGUCAGAAUGGAAUCAUGUUUUGCUGACGUUAAUUUUUGUUAAUGUCUUGGCCAUAAUUGUAUUUGGUUCCUUCGGCAGUACAAGUCUUCAGCCAUGGGACCCUCGAAGCCAAAAGCCAGAGUCCGAAGUCAAACCCUCAAAUACCGCUAGUGAAACGGCCAACUAGCAGAGUGCUUGGUUAUAUGUAUAUAAU